UAAAACCCUAAAGCUUUAAAAACCUUCAAGCAGUCAGAGCAACCUUUCCUCCUCCAUCCACCACAGCAGCAGCAGCAGCAGCAGCGUCUCUCUCUCUCGUUCCCUUCUCCUACCACCACAAGCUCCCAAUCAAAGAAUCAGGUUUAAGUUAAUAAAAUGGCAGAGACAACUACUCAGAUGGAAGUCGAGAUCGCGACAACAGAACCUGCUGCUUCCUUACCGACAAAACCAAUCUUCAAGCCUCUGAAAGCUCACGAGAUGUCCGACGGCAAAGUCCAGUUCCGAAAAAUCCCCGUCCCUCCCAACCGUUACACCCCUCUCAAGAAAGCGUGGCUAGACAUCUACACGCCCGUCUACGACCAGAUGAAGGUCGACAUCAGGAUGAACCUCAAGUCCCGCAAAGUCGAGCUCAAGACGCGAGCCGACACCCCCGACGUCAGCAACCUCCAGAAGUCCGCCGACUUUGUCCACGCGUUCAUGCUCGGGUUCGACAUCCCCGACGCCGUGGCGCUGCUGAGGAUGGACGAGCUUUACGUGGAGUCGUUUGAGAUCAAAGACGUGAAGACGUUGAAAGGGGAGCAUCUGUCGAGGGCGAUUGGGAGGUUGUCGGGGAAAGGAGGGAAGACUAGGUUUGCGAUUGAGAACUCGACCAAGACGAGGAUUGUGAUUGCGGAUACGAGGAUUCAUAUAUUGGGUGCUUUUACUAAUAUUAAGGUUGCGAGGAGCUCUCUUUGCAGUCUUAUUAUGGGUUCCCCUGCUGGCAAGGUUUACUCCAAGCUUAGAAACGUCUCUGCUAGAUUAUCUGAAUAGGGUUUCUGAUGAUAAUCUCGUUUUGUGGGAAUGUUUACUUGAAUUUUGUUUGAGCUGUCAUAUCACUUGUAUUGGCAUUAAAAAUACAAUCCUUUUCAUGAGUUUUCUAAAAUAUACAAUCUUUUCAUAA